GUAUAUAGUUCCAUGCAACGUGCAGCCAUUUCUGUUGAACGUUGUGCGAUGCAAUACCGUGAAUAGUUUGUCAGAAACAAUUGUUAAAAGGGUUAACAUUGAACGGCCCUCAGUGACACAAGAUAAUACACCAUAAACAAGAAAUAAUGCACACAGUCGCGGAGCUUGAGACCAAUGUCCCGGCUUUUCUGGGGAAGCUCUGGAAACUCGUCGAGGAUCCGGAGACUGAUGACCUUAUUUGCUGGUCUCCCAAUGGCCGGAGCUUUUUCAUCCGCAAUUCCGCUCAAUUUGCUCGGGAACUGUUGCCGCAUUACUACAAACACAACAACAUGGCCAGUUUCGUAAGACAGUUGAAUAUGUAUGGUUUUCACAAAAAAGUAUCGGUAGACUUAGGUGGGCUCAAAUGCGACAGGGAUGAGAUGGAAUUUGCUCAUCAGUAUUUCAUCAAGGAUCAUUCAUAUCUCCUGGAGCAUAUUAAACGCAAGAUCGCGAAUAAAUCUCAGGACUCACACAUGCCGAUGAAAGCCGAGGUGAUGAAUAAAGUGUUGUCAGAAGUUCGAACUAUGCGAGGUAGACAAGAGCAUAUGGAUACUCGCCUGGGUGCGAUGAAGCGAGAGAACGAGGCCCUGUGGAGGGAGUUGGCAAUGUGGAGACGAAAGCACCUCAAGCAGCGGGAGAUUGUCAACAAACUUAUACAUUUCCUGGUCACCCUGGUCCAGCCUGGUACCAGGGGUAGUGGCCUCUUGGUCAAGAGGAGUUAUCCCUUGAUGAUUGAUGGUCACCAGAGAUGCAAGCAGCCCAAGAUGUCAAAGGCACAUGCGUCACCCACUGGGCCUACAAUUCACGAGCUGGAUGGAGAACAUGAUGCGGACUCUCAAUACAUCGUGGCUGAAAUGCUGGAGAACCAGGCCCCAUCGAUUCAAAGUCCAGCAACUAGCCACGCAGAUCUCGAUGAGGAUGAGACCGAGACAAUCUAUCACACAGCCGACGAGACAGUUGACCGGGAGAUUCGUCUGCUGGAGGCACAGGAAGCAGCAGUGAAGAAGCAGCUCAGCAUGCAACCCAAGAAGAAGAGGAAAAACAAGAUGCCUGUCAAAAUUCUGAUACCAUCGACGCAGGCUGGGGAGAAAUCGAGGCAAGAAACAUUAUUGCUCGAUGUGAAUCCCGAGGAGGAAGUCCUUCCCAUUGCCCGUCUGGAGAACAAGAUUAAACAAAAACCAAAGGCGGUGCCAAUGAAGACAGUGAGAAGUUCCAAGCUCACAGCUAUGGCUGCCAACAUCAACACUGUCAAUUCUGGUGAGGAUUCGGAGAUUGAGGAGCCCAAGGAGAAUCUGGAUGUAGAUCUCAACGACAUUCUGAGCAUUCCCGAGGGAACAGAUAAACAAGACGAAGCAAAGUCCAAGACGAACAGAACCAAGGAGACGGAGAUGAGACAAAUGCCCAAUGUUUAUCAGCAAGUUGAUCAGGAUCCUUCCUCCAGUGCUAAGACUAAAGAUUUGUCGUUGAGUCGAGUCAAUCCCUCGGGACCUGAAGCUAACUACAGGUUAGGAUCGAUGGAGGAAGUGGGCAGUCAUCUGGAGACGAUGCAAACUGAACUGGAUAAUCUUCGCGAUAUACUUCGUGGUGAAUGCUACAGUUUUGACGCCAACGCAUUGCUCGGACUUUUUGAAGGUGAUGAUCCAAUGUCGUUUGGAAUUCCCAUGAAUCCUGAGUUGAAUCCAAACCAACGUGAUAGGGAUGAUGAUGAUCACCUGUGUGAUGAUACUGGAGUCACUGGCGGGGAACUCAUGGCCUAUAACCCCUCGCCCAGUCUUCUUGAGUUCGAUGAGGAUAUUUUUGGAGAAUCAAAUCCAAUGAACAGUCCGGAUAAUCCAACCAGCAUUCAAAAUCUCUACAGUUCGGAUCCCCUCGGCCUUGAGGACAGUAAGGAAGCUCUUCUAGAGGCACUAGCAAAUGAUAACAACGGCACCUCAUCCACCAAUUCGUAGAUUAUUCGUCAUUGCCUUGGGGAAACAACUGGAUAAUCUAGACAAUGAAUAAAUUCUUGAGAAAAAUGUGUUAAAAAGAAGAUUAUUUAUAAAUGAGGGUGAUGUCCAUCGAUAGCAAUUAUUGAUCAAUUUAUUAAUGAAUAAUAAGCACGUACUCACCACGAAUACAGUAGACACAAUACGAUAGAUGGAACACAGUUUGAAUUCUCAGAAUUGACAUUUGUCCAUCGUAAUUAACUUUGCAGCUGAAUCAGAUCAAAUAAAGAUAAAUAAUUAAUUUGAAGUAAUUGAACCGCAACUCAACAUCCUCGCGACUCGACGAAAAUCAUUUUUUUUUUCGAUUGAAAUGAGAUUUUCAAUUCGAUCUUGUAAAUAGUCUAAGUAAGUGAGCCCAGGAGUUUGUCGAUGAACAAAUACACAUGGUGAAUAAUUUUAUUUAAUAAAUGUGUUGAUUUUUUGUCUCUCAAAAUCCAACACCAUUUAAAUUUAAAUUGAAAUUGUAAGAAUGUGAUUAGUGGGAGUGGGUAAUUGUAAUCGUUUUAAAAUGCCUUUAAACUGCAUUCAACUGAUCGAAUAAAAUGAAAUCAAUUCAAAAUGAAUUAAUUAAUCAUCGAGGGCUGAAAAUCAUUCGUUUUAUUAGAGUCAAUUGUUUUUAGAUUUUUUUUCGUUGGGCUGGGAGGUACCUCUGCGUUUAUUUUACACUAAUUAUAAACAACCACUUGGUUUGGCUUUGCCAUUUAAUUCAGAAGGUAGAGAAAAAGAUAAUUCUGAUGAAAAGUACAGGUUAUGUCGAGUGCUAGUAAUUUUCUUUUUUUACCGUCAAUAAAGAAAAGACAUUUGUUGUAGUAUGAAAAAUAUAUUUUUCAUUUGAGGCUAUGUGUGAUUACAGCAUCAACCAAGCGGAGAAUUUGUAAUUUAUAUUAUCGAUUAAAUUUAUUCUAUUAUUCGAAAUUCAUGUUUAUCCUCGUUAUGGUGCUGUAUCUCAUUAUAUCUUUUUUUUUCACAAUAAUUUAGGAUUAGGGCUGUAAUUUGGAAUUAUUUUAAAGAUAAUAUCUAAUUAAAUGUGUUAAUGGUCAUGAGUUUUGGAGAUGUUUGAAAUAAAUACAUGAAAUAUAGCAUAUUAAAUAUUAAAUAUGAAUGACAAUAGAGUAAAUGAAGAAUUAUAAAAACUCUUUGGUACUUUUUUACGUCCAUAUAUGGAGCUUUUGAAAAUCUAAAAAUUAUUUGAAGAAAAUUAUCAUUUUUUCCGAUUAAAUGAUGUCCCGAAUCUUUCGAGUGUAAAUAAUUAUUUGAUCGUUAAUGGCUCCAAUAUUUGGCAUAAUUAGUCAACAUUUAUCAUCACAUUUUGCAAUGCAUUAGAUGAUAGAAUUUAUUAACACUGGAUCAAUAACAUAUUGAUUUUGUUCUCCUUGGAAUUGUUAUAACAUCCAAUCCAAGCCUCCAAUUUUUCACUGAAAGUCAACUACCCAAAAAUUGUAUUCAAAGUAUUCCGUUUUCAUUUGAUUUCCAAAAAAUGUCAGCAGUGUAAUGGAAAAAAGAGAUACUUUAGAAUUAGAUAACGAUAUCUUAAUACAGUAAUUGGUGAAUACUGACGUAAAAAUAUGUAAAAAAUUUCAACGCUGUUAAAUUUAUGUGUAAAUACAGUUGAUAAGUAAACAGACAA